AGUUAUCUAAAUGUGCAAAAAUAAACUUCAGUAUGGUGGAUAUGUCAUUUGUUGUAAUCAGGUUCGAUUUCCCUUUGAUGAAAACAUUUCAUUAAUCACUAUUAAAUUGAGGCUUUUUAUGAAUCGAGGUCUGAAUUUUUUUGUGCCAUUCCCCAUUGAGUCCUUGAACAGCUUUGUCAUGCGUCAUACGUAAGUGUUAGUUAAACGCGCAUGUCCAGGCUUACUUCCUGCCUGUGCAAGUCGUGGUUAAUGUAUCUUAUAUGCUUCGAAAAUGGUGGUAAAAGGAACAAAAUGGGGGAAAAGUAGGUUGUUUCACCGUGUGAACAAUGACAGAAGAUUUUGAAGAUGGGAACUACUUGGUCCGUGUGCGUGCUCAGGUGAUGACGCGGGAUGACAGCACGGGAGGCUGGGUGCCUAUGGGAGGUGGCGGCCUGUCUAACGUGUCUGUCCGCAAACGAGGCCUAUCCUCCGACCCGGCUGUCCCUGAUGAUGUCAAACACGAGUAUCUCAUAUUCGGCAAACGGAUAUCAGAUCAGUCUGUUGUAUUAAGUUGUAUAAUUAAGAAAGACUUUGAGUACAACAAGGUUAUGCCAACGUUUCACCAUUGGAAAACAGGUGACAAGAAGUUUGGACUAACAUUUCAAACAGCGGCAGAUGCUCGAGCCUUCGACAAAGGAGUUCGGACAGCCGUUGAGGAACUCAUCGAAGGAAUUCAUGGAAUCCCUCGAUGUAUUCCAGAUGUAGGAGACGACGAUGUAUUUAUGACACUGAAUCUGCCUGCUGAGCGGGGGGAUUCACGUUCGUCGUCGGACAGCAGUGGAGGUGGCAAGCCCAUCCCCGCUCCUCCCCCCACCAUACCCGAGCCUGAGAGCUACUCGUACGUUCAGCUCACGACAGUCCAUGACUACAUGUACCCUGUGGUGGAGGGGGAGGGGAGCCUCAAGAAACGAGCUCAACUCACACUACCGAAUAAACGGAAAGAACGGUGCAGACACUGCCAGGAACCGUACUCCAGUGAGACCAAUGUGCGAGGUGCGUGUCCGUACGCACCAGAUCCUGUCAAGACUACCAUAGAGACUGCAGCGUGUCUGUGUCUGGCGCAGCGUGUAUUGCAGGACGAACCCUGCGAGUGUAGCAUCGGCUGUGGUAGAAGGUGGCUGGCGCUGGCCCUGCUGUCCAUACUGGUGCCGUGUCUGUGGUGCUACCCACCACUAAGAGCCUGUCACUUUUGCUGCGUCUCCUGCGGACUCUGUGGUGGCAAGCAUCGGCCCGCCUCAUAGCCCCACCCCCACCUCCGCACACCUCUUUGUAUAUUGGAAUAUUGAAUGUUUAUAUUUAUAAAUAGAUAUAUAGCCGGCGAAUCUCGAGACGACACCUCGACUCGAACAAAAGCCAAGGAUCAUCUCGAGAUUUUCCAGCAACGUAUGACAUCGCUGUCAUAAAAAGACUCUGGACAACUAGGAGUUUUAAAAGUGCUGAGUUUGUGGACUAAAACGUCAUCGAGUGGACUCGUGUGGCGUCGAUAUUGUUACUGUUAAUAAUCUAUGAUUUUUUUAUUAUUGUACAUUUUUAGUAAUGUAAAUGUAAACGUUCAUCACCUAUCGUUUUUCGAUUCAUCGAUUUUAGCUUCAUUAUCGAUAAAAUAUUAUUGUGUUAAGCUUAAAUAUUUAUUAUUUAUACGAAAUUAUUAUAUAUAUAGGUUGUACACUCUUAA